CCAUCAUUUUCCUUUGCAUUCCAUUCAACCAAACAAAAAUUUCCACCCUCAAAAAUCAACGUUUCAAAGAGUCUAACAAAUGGCUCCAACACUUGCAGAAUCAGCCACUGACUCCUUUGAUCUCACUGAUUUUGUAAUCAACCAAGGCAAUGGCGUUAAGGGCCUUUCUGAUUUGGGCAUCAAAAGCCUUCCUAUACAAUAUAUUCAACCCCAAGAAGCAUUAAUCAAUAUCAUCCCUAAUGAAUCCAUACCUGUCAUUGACAUGUCAAACUGGGAAAAUGAUCCUAAGAUUGCAGAAUCUGUAUGUGAAGCUGCUGAGAGAUUUGGAUUUUUCCAGCUUGUUAACCAUGGAGUUACUCUUGAAGUUCUUGAGGGUGUUGAGGAUGCAACUCAUGGUUUCUUUGGACUUCCGGCGGCCGUAAAGAGAACAUAUUCUAAAGAGCUUUCUCCUUCUAACAGUGUCAGAUUUGGCACUAGCUUUAGUCCUGAUUCUGAGAAAGCUCUUGAAUGGAAAGACUACCUUAGCCUUUUCUAUGUCUCCGACGACGAGGCUAAUGCAUUGUGGCCUCCUCAGUGCAAGGAUGAAUGCUUAGAAUACAUGAAGAAAGCAGAAAUUCUAUGCAAAAAGCUAUUAACUGCCCUAAUGGAGAGACUCAAUAUAAAAGAAAUAGAUGAAAAGAAAGAGUCUCUUUUAAUGGGAUCAAGAAGAAUUAACCUUAACUAUUAUCCAAGAUGUCCAAACCCUCAACUCACCGUCGGGGUUGGCCGCCACUCCGACGUCUCCUCCCUCACUUUUCUCCUCCAAGACGAAAUCGGCGGGCUUUACGUGCGAGUGAAUGAAGGCAAAGGGGAUGAAGAUGGUUGGGUUCAUGUUCCUCCCAUCAAAGGAUCUCUUGUGAUUAAUGUUGGCGAUGCAUUGCAGAUACUCAGCAAUGGUCGAUAUAGGAGUGUAGAGCACUGUGUGAUUGCGAGUGGAAGCAAGAAUAGAAUUUCGAUUCCUGUUUUCGUCAAUCCAAAGCCUACUGAUGUUAUCGGACCUUUGCCGGAACUGCUUGCCGCCGGAGAGAAGCCUAAAUACAAGAACAUUUUAUAUUCUGAUUAUGUGAAGCAUUUCUUCAGGAAAGCUCAUGACGGAAAGAAGACUGUGGAGUUUGCUGAAGUGUGAUAAAUUUUCUCCUUUACUAGUUUAUUUCACUGUUAAUGUUGUAAUCACCAAGUACUUGUUUAAUAAUAAAUUAUAAGAUUAAUUUCA